UGAGUCGAGUCUUUCUUGUUUAAAGUAAGGCUGAGAUGUGACGUCGUGUAUUUUCAGCUCACGUGAUAAACCCAGCAAACCUGAGGACAUUCUGGAAAUGUCUGGAUUCCUGGCAGUAGAAUAUAUAAGGUGUGAGCUCAGAGUGCUGCAGCAGAUCAGAGACUGAAGACUGGGAGUUCACAUCAGUCAGUUUGAGGGAAGUGAGAGAAGAGGCAGAGACAAUGCUGAGAUAUCGGGCUUUCCACCCUUCACGUCUGUGCCAGCAGCCUGUAUACACACUGGCGCCUGUUUCACACAGGCUCUGGGAACCACUUGAAUGUAACAUGUGGGAACAGGUGGAAGAAGCGAGAAAGGGCAUGAACUUCAUCAAUCGAGUUCUUGAGGAUCUGACAGCAGAAUGUUUUGGGGAAAUACCAAGAACUCGAGACAACAAAUCUGAUGCUAAUGGAGAAGAUAAAAGACAAUCCGAGGACAAGGAUGGAGAUGGCUUUUCUGUGUCCCUGAAUGUCCAGCACUUCCCCCCAGAAGACCUGAGGGUGAAAGUAUUUGGAAGAAAAGUGCUGGUGACAGGAAAACACGAGAAGAAAUGUGAUGAUGGCAGCGGCUGUUACAGCUACAAAUAUGAAGAGUUCAGGAGAGAAUUCCAGCUGCCAGAGGAUGUCGAUGCUGAAGCUCUUCGAUGCUGUUUGUCACAGGACGGUCAGUUAAAGGUUCAAGCCCCACGCCUGGCACUGCCAGCUGCGAAUGAACGGACCGUCCCCAUCAAUAUCACCUCGGAGACAACAACCACUCCCCGGCUCAAUCCUGACCAAGAGACAGAGAAACAGAAGAGUGGGAAGGAUGUGGGGAUGAAGAAAGCUGAAGAACAGAUGCCCAGUUAAGACUCUGUUACAAUGAACAGCUAAAGAUGUAAUAAUUGUUUAAAAGCAGCAAUGAAUUUCUGUGAAUGUGAGAUAAAGAGAUAUUGCUGUCCAAUUAAUAGUUUUCAACUUGGAAACCUAUAAAAUGCUGUUAUCAAUGUUCUUGUGGUUUAUUUUUGAAUGUAUAUUGGAAGAGUAAAUACUUUUGAAAUUUAA